UUGGCUCUCGAGAUGCAGCAGCUGCCAGUGAUUCUCUCCUGUCUCACAUCUUCCUCUGUAGCUGCAGAUAAAAUGUCUCUGUCCACGGUCCAGAAGGUGGUUCUGUUAUCGUGUCUGGUUCUGUGUGUGUCUCUGCUGCUGCCCAGAGCCUCUAUAUCCAGAGGGAAGCAAAGUGCACAGGAGGGGAACUCUGGGCUCUUUCAGGCAUCAGGGCAACACUUGAAACCCACAGAUGGCCGCUCCGGUGGUGGCCACUUCUCCAGGUCUCAUGGGGCAGAAGUGAUGCCGAAAUCUAAGGGAGGUGCAGGCGGAGGAGGAGGAGGAGGAGGGGGCACCAGACCAAGCCUCGUGGGGCAGAUUAUUCCAAUUUAUGGAUUUGGGAUUCUUCUCUAUAUCCUUUAUAUCCUAUUUAAGCUUUCAUCAAAAGGCAAAAAUACAAAGUUGGAACCCAACACCCAGUCUGUUGCCAACAGAAACCUGAAGAAGAAAAUCAAUUACUACGAGCUCAGCCAACUCCAAGAUAAACUAAAGGAAACUGAAGAAGCAAUGGAAAAGAUUAUCUCCCGCUUGGGGCCCAACUGUGAAAGUGCUGACAACAUGAGCUCCAAUGAAGAAAUUCAUCUGCUCCAAGGCUUAGAGGAGAUCACCAGGGUGAUGAAGGAGGGUAAAUUCCUGGAUGGAAUUACUCCUGAAAAAGAAGCAGAAGAAGCUCCAUACAUGCAAGACUGGGAAGGUUACCCAGAAGAGACCUAUCCUGUUUAUGACCCUUCAGACUGCAAACAAACCCAGCAGACUAUCCUGGUUGACUUCUCUGUGCUGAACCAAAUGUCGGUGGAACAGACUGCAGAGCAGAUGGGAUAUGAUGAGGAUGAUGAUCAGGAAUAUGCUGCUGAGAAUGUGGAACCUAGUUGCAAUGACAGUUUGGAGGUUGGACAUGUGACUGUCUCAGCCCAAAACAAAACUCCCAUCAUUUAUGGUAUCAGGAGAAGAAAAUGAAUCAUCUGGGACUAUGCUGGGGUCUAAUCAAGAUGGAACUGGAACUUUAAGGAAACGGAACACAAAGGGCAUAGAGUACUUAUUGCUUUAUGGACAAAGGUUUGAGAUGCCUGCUGAACUGUAUUAAUACAUGCCCAGGUUGGUGAUAGUAUGGAAAUAUCCACCAUCUGCCUGGCUAUGGUGGUCCAACUGCCCAUGUUCUUGGGCUCUAAGGAAACAUGCCAGUACCAUUUUGACAAAGUGAGAGAGAAAUAAUAAUUCAAUGACUGGAUCCACAGCUAUGAGAAUGGACUAGGCCUUCAAGAUCACUGCCAUCAUUCCUGCUAAAGAGGAACAGGCUACUCAACGUGUGCAUUGAUCAAGGAAUGGUCUGGAUUUAUUGGGGAAGGGGCACCAGGUCACUAUUAACUUUUAAACGGAAAUGCUGUUGUGUAUUUGAUAUUAUCAGGGUCACUAAUGGGUACAAUUAUUACAUGGGGAGCACUGGCACUAAACUGUAGUUACAGUAUGUCAUGAAAUGAGUAUUCCUUGUUCUGUUAGUCUCCUUAAAAUAACUGAGAGCUACCUGGUUUUCCUUGUCUUCUGGAAGUAACAAAAUGUUUAGCAGUAGUUGUAAUUCCCAUUAUACACAAAACUGGACCUACUAUAUAAUUUCUUCUUGUGGAUAUGACUUCUCAUUUGUGUUUUUUAGGCUAGCUGCACCUCAUAGCAAAUAUACUAUGCUUAUCAUUUUAGCUAUAGCUACAAAUUGAGAGUAUUUGAACUCUGUGUAAACAGCUCCUUAUAAACCAUCAUAUUA